AGUGGCACAGCAACCUGGUCAGUGACUGGAGGUGUUCAUCAGUGCUCACUAGGAUUUUGCUGAUGUGGCCCCAAACCCGCCUCCCUCCCCACCCUGCGAUGGCAGAAGAAACUCAACAGAGCAAAUUGGCUGCAGCCAAGAAAAAGUUAAAAGAAUAUUGGCAGAGAAACAGCCCUAGUGUUCCCGCAAGAGUGAAGAGGAACAGGAAAACAAAUGGCAGUGUCCCUAAGACAGCCACUUCUGGUGGUUGCCACUCACCUGGGGAUUCAGCAACAGGUAUCGACGGAGAGGGCCCUACGUCAUCUGCACCCCUCAAGGAUCUGGAGAGCCCGUCCCAAGAACUAGCAGUAGUCCUGGACUCGAGGUCUGUCAAAAUCAGUCAACUGAAGAACACCAUCAAAUCUUUGAAACAACAGAAGAAACAAGUGGAACAUCAGCUGGAAGAAGAAAAGAAGACAAACAAUGAGAAACAGAAAACCGAAAGGGAGCUAGAGGUUCAAAUCCAGACACUGAACAUGCAGAAAGGGAAACUAAGUACGGACCUGUAUCGCACGAAACGCUCGCUCAGAUGCUUUGAAGAGGAGUCCAAGGAUCUGGCCGACCGCCUGCAAUGUUCAUCGCAGCGUAAAGGAGAGUUAGAGCAGGUUCUCUCUGCUGUCACCGCCACACAGAAGAAGAAGGAGGACAGAUCCUCGAGCCGCAGUAAAGCACGUAUGGAGUGGAAGUUAGAGCAGUCCAUACAGGAGCAGGCACUUCUGAAAGCACAGCUGACCCAGUUGAAGGAGUCGCUAAAACAAGCCCAUCUAGAGAGAGAUGAAUAUGCUCAACAUCUAAAAGGAGAGAGGGCCCGGUGGCAGCAGAGGAUGAGGAAAAUGUCACAGGAGGUUUGCACAUUGAAGAAGGAGAAGAAGGAUGACAUGCGUCGGGUGGAGAAGCUGGAGAGGAGCUUGUCCAAACUCAAGAACCGGAUGGCUAAACCCCUGCCCCCGGAGCGCCCAGCUGUGCCCCCUGAGGAGGAGCUGCAGCACCUGAGGAAGGAACUAGAGAGGGUGUCAGCAGAGCUCCAGGCCCACGUGGAAAACCAUCAGCACGUAAGUCUCCUGAACCAGGCACAAAAGGAGAGGCUUCGGGAGCAGGAAGAGAGAUUUCAGCAGCUGGCCGAGCCACAGAGCGGCGUCGAGGAGCUGAACAAUGAGAACAAGAGCGCACUGCAGUUGGAGCAGCAAGUGGAGGAGCUACAGGAGACGCUGGACGAGGAGCACUUGGAGGCUGCCAGCCAGCAGAAUCAGCAGCUGCAGGACCAACUGAGCCUCACGGCUCUCCCUGGGGAAGGAGAUGGAGGACAUCUGGACAGUGAGGAGGAGGAGGGACCUCGGCCCAUGCCGAGCGUCCCAGAGGACCUGGAGAGCUGGGAGGCCAUGGUGAGCCUGACUCCCCCCGCACCCAUUUUACCACCUUCCUCUGUGGUUCCUGCCCCAGGGACUGGGGGCGAGUCUGUGAUCGGGGAGCCCCAGCGGGGCCUGCGGGAAGUCAUGGAGAAGCUGGAGAGCUGCCUUAUGGACCUGAGGGAGCGUGUGGAGAAACUAGAAGUUCAAUUCAUCCACUACUGGAGGGAGAGAUGCCAUCAGAAAAUUCGUCACCUUAUAAAUGAGCCAGUGGGCAGUGCCAAAGAUGUGGCACUGAGAGGACAUCAUCAGGCUGGCCCAGCACAGGGAGGAGAUGAAGGUGAAGCUGCUGGAGCUUCAGGAGAUGGUGUUACGGCUUGUGCUGACCACAUCAACGAGCACAGCAAACUCCUGACUUCUUCCCAGAACCCAGCUGAUGAGCCCGGUCCAGGGCUUGGGGCUGCCCACAAGCAUGGCGAUCUUUGUGAGCUGAGCCUCAGCGUCAGCGCCGAGACUGGGCAAGGAGAAGCCAGGGAGGGGUCUCCCCACGACAACCCCACUGCACAGCCCAUCACGCAGGAGCACCAGGAGCACCAGGAGCACCCAGGCUUGGGCAGCAACCGCUGCGUGCCGUUCUUUUGCUGGGCUUGGCUGCGGAGAAGAAGGAGAUAAACAUCACCGUCAUCAAAGAGCUGGUCAAGACAUUUUAAAACAAGAAACAAAGCUAUGGGGUGAAUCUCCUACACAAUUCAUUUCCUUCCUUUGAAUGUUAGAGCCACACUUGAUUAUUUUUGUUUCCAAUUUAUAGUUUAAGUUUAUUUGUAAAAAGUUGUAAGAGAGUGGGUCUCUGUGGCCUUCACUGAGGUUCACUCUGGCAUCCUUUAGCAUUUUUCUGUUUUAAUUUCAUAAUUGUAAGUCAUUAGCAUGUAUAUCGAGUUUGCCAUUAUGUGGUGGGAGUUCAAACACACAAAGACCCACUGUUUGCACAGAACUAUUCUCGCUGUUUUGGAAUAGGCUGCCAUGCUUUUUUAAUGUUAUUACAGCAUGUAUGUUCAUUACAGAAUUCAGAUAAAAUUUGCUUAUGUUCUGCUAUUAUGUUUGAUUUAAUCUUAAUCACAGUGAGCCCUUCAUUAGCUCAAUAUGCGGUUUGCCCUCAAGUGUGCACUGUUGAUUACUUUGUAAUAUGCCAGCGUGAGUACUGACAUUAGAGUUGUUUAAAGGCCGAGAACUGGAAACAGCCUUUCCCCCAUUUUCUGUGUACUGGUGAUGGGAGUAAUAACGUUUUGGGGGAGCUUUUUAAAUCUCACAGAAGAGGACAGUGGCCUGCUCCGGCAGGAAUGUGCGGGAUACAGUGUGUUUCCUUUGUUCCGGUGCCAAGAACGAGCGCUGUACUAUGGCAGUUCCCUUAGGAUUCAUGUGUGCUCUGGGCUCAUGAAGAUAUUGCAUCAGGAGCUGCAGCAGUUGUACUCUUUAUCCGUCACCUAAAAAGGGACUAUUUCUGAGGAAUGAAAGGCUCCCAUCGUUGACUGUGGAUGUGGAAAACCUUUCCUAGCUUAGAGCAUUGGUAUCUGUAAUACAUUUGAAAAUCAGAGUUCAUAUUACCUGUUUUAAUCACAUGACUACAUGUCCCAGUUCACAAAAGGGCACUGGUUAGCAUUCUUCUUAAUGUAUUUAGUAAAAAGCAUGAGAAGUCCUUUAAGAGUUUAAAUGUCCCUGGAACAGGCAUAGAGGCUCUAGUCCAGAAUGAAUUAGAGUGAAGGAAAGCCAUGUGACACCUGGCAUUCCUCUCUGUUCAUGGAGCUUCUUUGAGGCUUGAAGAUUGAUUUUACCAUCUAGACCUCUCUGGCUAAUACCUAUUCUUCAACCACCUUAGUUACUCUGACAUAGGAAUUUACUUCUUUCCUUGAAAACACUUAAAAAAAAUAAUAACAAACAUUAUUAUAAACUAAUAUGUGAGAGUACUUAGUUGAAACAAAAAGGAGUUUUAGGAGACAGUAUUAUACUAUCUUUGAAAAUCAAGGAGAAGUUUAUGCAACUUAAAAUGUUUACAAGCUGCAGUGCAAUCUACUGUUCGUGAAUGUCAAUGUAUUAUCAGGAAACGUGUCUAUACAAUCACAGAGUAGUAUAUUUCCUCACAAACUUCUUUACGAAGAGUGAAAUAUGUUUUUAUACCUCUCGGUUUCAGUUAGGGGCAUAUUUUGUGCAAUAUUUAUGUGAUUGUGCCUAUGCAUGAGGAAUGAAUGAAUUUCAGUCACACAUUGUCUAAAUCAUAACUUGAUGAUGCUUGGGAAAGAAUCAACAGUUAAAACUUCAUGAGGUUCUAAUGUCUGUGUCCAAAACACAUCACAGUAUUAGGACGUAGGGAGAUACGUAUGUGUGCUCCCUGGGGUGGGGAUUUCUAGUUACUAGACCAUCUCCAUUUUUAGCAUUUGGCAUCCUCAUGAUACUUUUAUAAAUAUGACGUUAACAGAAGAGCAACAAUAUGAUUUUACCGAUGGAAUAACAGAUUUCCUGCAUUCACUGAAAGACUAAAUAUUGGGUCCUUGUGACUUCAACUGACUCUUCCAAAUUGUAUGAAUGUAUCAAUGUAUCAGAUAAACCCAGUUUCAGAAUGAUAAAGAAAAAAUAUUAGACCAAAUAAUGCAGCUAAUUAACAGUGGUACGAUUUUUAGCCUGUGUUUUAAAAUGGACUUAAAGUCCUGUUCUGCCUUUUAUUUUCUGAACUUGCCACUUUGCAUUCUUUGAGUUCAAAGACAGUUGCUAGCAUCUGUACCUAAUCUGACAAUAAUGUGUUCCUCAGCUGCCUAUGGAUUAAAUCACAUACUGGCAUAUUUAAGCUGAAUGUCAGUCUGGAAAAUAAAUUUACUAUAUUAAUUGAAAUACCACUCUUUGUUUAGGUAUUUGUCAUAUAUUUAAGAAAAAAUUACAAAGAAUGGAAAUCGUAUGACAAUAACGUAAGUCUUUCUUCAAAGUGCAUGCAGACUUUUGCGAUAUCUCAUUCAGCCAAGUAUUUGUGCUCUUCCUCAUUCAGUAUAACGCAACUUUCAACUUGCUUAGGAGGCAACGUUGGAAGGUUAGAGUUCACCAGAAACAUGGAAUUUUACAAUGUGAGUUCAACUGAACAAAUUUGAAUUUCUGUAGGAAGAAUCAAAACACCUAAAGACCGCAAUAUAUAAUAAUUGUUUUUAAAGUAUUUAUUAAACCUGAUAGAUUUUCCAGAAAUGAAAAAAAAUCAGCUCUAAAACCAAAGCAGAUUUUUAGAAAAUUGAAAAUGUUAAUCAGCCCUAUCCAUAAUGAAAUUUCUCUAAAACUUUAUCUUAAAGAGUCAUUUUAAAAUAAUAUAACUAUUAAAAAAUGUAACUGCUAGCUUAAUGUUCUGAAAUAAGUUUAAACAUUUAAAAAUAUGAAUACUGUUGCUAAUAUAAAGAUGGUGGGAAGGAAAAGUAGAGAAAGAAAUGCCAAUUCCAGUCCAAAGUUUUAUUUGCCAAGCUUUCUUAGAAUGAAUUUUACCGAUUUAUGAAUUCUUGUAAACAGAAUGUAUAAUGGAAAUACUGAAAGACUUUUGCCUAAAGUGGCAUCAUGGACUGCUGGUGUGAUGCUACUGUAAUGUAAUAAAUUCUUAAAUUGUUGCAAAGU